GUUUGCCGAUCCUAACGACAACAUGAUCUGCUACACUGCAAUUCAAUCGCGUAUUUACCAUGGUCGUAAUAAGUUCCAACCAAACGCGUAUUUUUGAUGUGCCCGUUAAUACAUUACGACGUUGAACUAGCACGAAUUACAAUUUUUCAGGUUGAAUUUAGAAAAGAACAAAUCCAAAAAUUGAUUUGAAAAAAUAUUGUUAUUGACUGAGACUAUGACGGGCGACGUAAACGGUAAAAAGCGCGGCCAGGAACUGCAUCACCACCAAGACGACGCCCGCGUGCAGUUCACGGACAGCUGUAAUGCAGGCGUCAGUAACGGUGACGGUUCAACUUCCACGAGCUGUUUCGACGAACGGCUUCCGUCCAUUGCGGCCAACGUCGUGGCGAUGAUUCUGGCCGUGGCCAUUGCGUGGACGCUGCUGUACGUGAACGUGUCGCCGGAGCUGAUGGCCGUGCCCGGCGGCAGUCUGGCGUCUAUAUUCAUGCUGUACGUGACUGGCACGGUGGCCGGUCAGCUCAUCACGAAGGUGGGCGGUCUGCCUCCGCUGCUGGGCAUGAUGCUGGCCGGUAUCGCUCUCCAGAAUUCCGGUCUGUACAACGUCACCGGUUGGUGUUUCCAUUUGGUGUCUACAAUGAGAGAAGCCGCACUAACUGUCAUAUUGAUCAAAGGCGGUUUGGAAUUGAACGCUGGUCAGUUGCGCCGGCUAAGUGGUGUCGUGGCCAGGCUAACGGUGUUGCCGUGUGUGGCCGAAGCCGUGGCCGUAGGUGUGGCUGCACAUUUCAUUUUACCCGAUUUCUCGUUAGUUUGGGGCCUUACACUCGGGUUUACCUUAUCAGCCGUCAGCCCCGCUGUAUUAGUUCCAAGUCUUUUCCGACUAAAGCGCUUAGGGUAUGGCGAAGUAAAAGGCAUUAACACGUUGUUGAUUGCUGCUUCAAGUUUGGACGAUGCUGUAUCUAUCAGCGCUUUUGGUAUUUUAUUAGGUGUCUUAUUCUCAACUGGUAGCUUGACCAGUAAGAUAAUACAAGGACCUAUAGAUGUGUCAAUUGGAACCGUGAUAGGACUUAUGUGGGGUUGCGUUUUGAUUUUUGUGCCUCCAUCGCCUUGGGCCUUGAUAUACAAUAAACGGGAAAGCAAUUAUCAAAACACCAAAAAAUCAGAAAUUGAAAAUUCCGUGACAACCAAAAGAUCGUUUCUAUUAGGCAUGGGCGGGUUCUUAGCAGUGACCGGAAGUCAAUGGUGUGGAUAUCCGGGAGCAGGGCCACUGGCGUGUAUUAUAUCGGCGUUCGUGGCGGGCACUGGUUGGAGAAAACGAUCAUCUCAACAUAAACGAAACAACUCAGUGAUUUCAGCUGACGGAGUGGAUGGGGAUGACGAGAAAAUCGAGGACGACGAGCUUCCAAUAGUACAGGUGUUCGAACAUGCCUGGACAUGUCUACAGCCAGUGCUAUUCGCCUUUAUAGGCACCGACCUUAAGUUUGAAUUACUUAAAAGAGGCGACAUGAUCUUUCUCGGGUUGCUCGUAUUAGCGUUCGGGCUCACGAUUCGCCUAAUUGUUACCACGUGUUCAGUGGUUGGCACAGGUUUCAGUCGUAAGGAAGUAUUAUUCGUUAAUAUCGCGUGGCUUCCAAAGGCUACAGUACAGGCAGCUUUGGCACCAGUGGCUUUGGACAUCGCGAGGAAUUUAGGUACAGCAGAAGAUAUCGAAUGUGCAACUAGAUUAGUAACAAUAGCUGUGAUAUCCAUUUUAUUGACGGCACCUGUAGGUGCAUUUGGCAUACAGUUAUUUGGUCCCAGAUUGUUACCCAGAAGCAGUUAAUUACGCAAAUUUUUUUUAAACUAUCGCGUAAAAAAUUAAUUAAAUUGUACCUCAGCGUAUUUUAAAAUAAUUCAAAAGCUGUUGUAAAUCAAAACUAUUUCCCAAAACAAGAUGACUACAGAAACUCGUUUAAUUCAUAAGUUUUGUUGUUUGUUUCAAAUUACCUAUAUAUUGUGUUAAAAAUCUAUUAAACUGUUUAACAACGAA